GUUUAGCCUCGCGCGGCUACCGGUCUCCCCACUGCGCAGGCGCGGCUAGCUGGGUCGCCCACCGGCCUCAGUUAUAUAGGCGGUCAGUCAGCUGACGCUCCCGCAUUGCAGACGGCGCAGCCUGAGAGAAAAGACCGAAAUGCGGUGCUUCAUUGUUUCCGUGCUCCUCCUUGGCUCUCUGGCGGCGGCAUUGUCAAGUCCUCUCCUCCUGCAGAAGGACUGUACGAAAGGUCCUGAGGUAUGGUGUCGAAACGUGCAAACUGCAUCUCAUUGCAAUGCAAUUAAACAUUGUCGACAGACUGUCUGGAACAAGCCUACAGUGAAAAGCAUCCCUUGUGAUUUGUGUAAAGAAAUCGUAGCUGUAGCUGGAAAGGUCUUGAAAGACAAUGCCACUGAGGAUGAAAUAUAUGCCUACUUGACUAAGGCCUGUGAAUUCCUUCCUGAUUCAGGCCUUGUAGCUCAGUGCAAGGAAAUGGUGGAAGCUUACUUACCAAACAUUCUGGAUAUGAUCAAGGAGGAGCUUGAUAAUCCUGAAGUUGUAUGCAGUUCACUGACAUUGUGUCAGUCCCUUCAAAAGCAUUUGGCCGAAAUAAAACUGCAGAAACAGCUUCAGACUAACAAGAUCCCUGAACUAGACUUCUCUGAACUGGCGUCUCCUUUCAUGGCUAAUGUGCCACUUCUCCUUUACCCCCAGGACAAACCUAAGCAAAAAUCUCAGGAAGGUGGGGAUGUGUGCAAAGAUUGUGUUCAGCUAAUAACUGAUAUUCAGGAAGCUGUGAAAAGCAAUGCAACAUUUGUGAAUUCUCUGAUUGAACAUGCCGUGGAGGAGUGUGAACGCUUGGGCCCAGCCUUUGUGGAUACGUGCAAGUCCUACAUCUCCCAGUAUUCAGACUUGGCUAUCCAGAUGAUGAUGCAUAUGCAACCACAAGAUAUUUGCCAGAUGGUUGGAUUCUGUUCUUCUGUGAAAUCUGUGCCUCUCCAAAUUCUGGUGCCUGCAAAAGCUAUCUCUCCAGUAAAGGCAGAACCAGUUGAGACCAGCCUGAGUCAAAGGGAAUCUUUCUCUCUGUGUGAGGCAUGCACAAUUAUGGUGGAAGAAGUGACCAGUCUCCUAGAAAGCAAUAAGACAGAGGAAGAAAUGGUAUAUGGGAUGGAGAAGGUGUGUUCUGUACUCCCUCAACAAUUCCGGGAGGAGUGCCGGGACUUUGUGGAUAUCUAUGGGAAGUCUCUUAUCGAUAUGCUUUUGGAAGCAACAGAUCCAAAAGUUGUAUGUGAGAGCCUGGGAUGCUGUGGAAGCAAGGUUUUGCCUGCUGAAAAGCUUGUUCCAGUGAAGUCACAGGUUGGGGGUCUUUGUGACGUGUGCAAAAUGGUUGUAGCUUAUGCAGAUAAAGAGUUGGCAAAGAACGCUACUGCUGCUGAGAUUGAAGCUUUCCUGGAAAGAGUCUGCCACUACCUGCCCGAAUCUGUCAGUGACCAGUGUGUACAGUUUGUGGAUCAAUAUGAACCAAUAGUUGUGCAGCUCUUGGCAGAAAUGAUGGACCCUGGUUUUGUGUGUAGUAAACUUGGCGUUUGUGAGAAAUCUACGCAGCAUCUUUUGGGAUCAGAGUUAUGUGUCCGUGGGCCUGGUUAUUGGUGUAAAAAUAUGGACACGGCAUUGCAGUGCAAUGCCGUUGAACACUGCAAGCAUCAUGUGUGGAACUAGAAGAAGUUUUUGAUUUAGCCGACUUUCAUUUUCAUUCUUGAAGAAACAAAAGGCAAGGAUUAGGCCAGCAAGAACGCACUCUUGAUGUCCUGAUCUCCUCAUAGUUCCAUCAUCCCCAAUCAUACAUUUCUUUUUAUGAAUUGUUUGGUAGCCAUGCAGCUACUCAGGAAGAGAUCCAAACAUCAUAUUUCUGAUUUUAGUUUCAGUUCCUUAUGAUUCAUAAGAAUGUGAGAAAUCAUCAGUGUUGGUCAGUUGGUCUGAGUGCCUCUGAGAAAUGGGGCUUACUGACCAUGUAAACAAACUAAGGACAGGACUGUUGUGUCUAGAUCUUAAAUGUAGCUACUAAUUUUUAAUGGCGCUCUGACUGGUGAUUUAACUUGUUAUAAUGUGUGUACGUCAAUACUUUUCAUUAAAACAGAUAUUGAAAUUAUGUCCCCUUGUGAAUAUUAAUUGUUAGCACCCCUUAAAUUGAUUUUUUUUCAAAUCUAGAGAGAAAAAAGUAGAGUUUGACAAAUAUAACCGUAUCCUUCCUUCUAUGGGAAUCUUACAAAGAAAUGGUACAAAUAUGCCCAUGGUGAUUGCAAAAUUAAGGCUACAGGCCCUGAGGCUAUCAUGGAAUUGGUUAGCAUAUGGCCACACAAAACUUUUUUUUCUCCUCAAUUUGAUAGCAAAAAAUUGAUUCGGGACCUACCUGAAUGAUAGCAAGUAUUAUGGGUGUCUGAUAACAAGCUGUGGCCUCCAAGUCCCAUUCUUUUUAAACUACUUGAGUAGCUUUGUGAAAGAACAAAAGAAUAGACUGUUAUAAUUAACACUGGAAAAUCAAACUGGCAUAUUCUAGCUGACUUUUGCAAAGUCUGUCGCUCUUCCCUUGCUUAGGCUGUAACUCAUGAUUUCCCAUAACUUUUGGGAAGAGUUUCUGUAAAAUAGUAGAAGCUUGGAAAAAGCAGGGUUGGUAGUGUGGUAGUUAAACGUCAGCCUUCCAGAAUUAGGUUUAAGAAUAGAUAAAGCUCUGGCAUUUUGCAGUACCAACAGUUAACACCUUGGCAUUUGUCAUUCUGCAGUGCUACGCUAUGAGGUGCCAGAGUCUGCCUUGUUCUAUAACCUUAGGCUGUUUUGCAUGAUUAGGCAUGAUCCUGGAUAGCACUAGGAGCAAGUUGGAUGCUUGGGAGAGCAUGUCAUCUGCUGGUAGUAUAGAGCUUGAUACUUGCAUCAGGACAGUUUUGUAAGUGUUGGGGUAUUAGCGCUGUGGCCCAGGAUGUGUGGAGGCAGUGCUGCUGAUAAUGCAUUGCCAGGUUAGAAGGCUGUGCCAUUUACUGUGUCCAUUAGUGGCUUAUAUAUAUAUUUCAAUGUAUUUUUCCCCAGAAGACAAACAGAAUCUAAAGUUGUAGAUGGUGGGCGAAAGCUCUUAUCCCCCACAACUUCUACAUGCAUAGGUGUCUAAACAUUUUGUUCAAAAGAAUGAAAACAAACGCAUGAAUGGAUUGAUUGCAUCAGUAUGAUAAAGCUGGAAAAACAGAAGCUUUGGAAACGUGUACCAAGUAAAGCUAAAUAUGAGGAAUAAGAGAGAAAGCACACUCCAGAGGUAGCAACCUCAUCAUUAGUGCAAAUUACUGCCAUCAUUUUAUGCAGCUUCAUUGCGUAUAUCCUAGAUAAAUUUGAGGGCAUUGACACGAUUUUAUCAAUUAGAAUUUUUAAAGUCUGUUACUGGCUCUAAGUAAGCUUUUGCUGCUUGGAAAUGAAUAUAUGAUAUGAAGCAGCAACUAUGUUUCCUUCUCACCUUACUGCUGACAGUAAUGUCUGCUAACUUUCCUGCAUUGAUAUGGGGUGAACAUUUCCUGCUUCUAAGCAAUGGCUGCUUUCUGUCAAGGUUGUCAGAUAUUUGAUAUUGGACUGUGUAGUACAGUCAAAUCUUGGAUUAGGUGCCAUUGUUUGUUUUGGCUAUUAAAAAUUAUAUCCUGUACGCAGAGUUCAGUUUCCUGUUUUGAGGAAGUGAUUCUACAGUCUUUUGGACAAGGCUUGUAACUGGGAUUGUCUAGGGUUGGGUUUUUUGUAUACUACCAUACUAAUUGUAGCAUUCUCGUUGCAUUAAAGCCUCCAUCCUUCAGGUAUGCACUGGUGAAUAAGCAAUUACUUAAAAAAACCACUCUAUUUGAUUUUUGUUUGUGUGUGUGUUGCACUAAAGCUUCUGUAAUUCAAAAAUAAAGGAGUAACCAAAUUUA